AUUUUUUGUCAAGUAAUGGUGACGUGCUAGCUUUUUUACGCGGCGCCUGUAUUCGCGCAGUUACUGUACGGAGGCAGCCGUAUUUGUGUGGCGACUCCGGAUGACGUCACUUCGAUCACAACUCGCUUAAUCCCCUGUUUGGAUUUCAUUGGAUUUUAAAAGCAUGUCUUUUCGGAACAUAUCUAAGGAAACGCUGGCUGGAACUAUCACACUGGGAUUCUUUUUUAUCGCGGGGUAUUUGCUCGGGAAGAGAAAAUCCUUCGGAAUGAACAUCUCCAAAAGUCACUGCGGCGGCAAAAACAACCCGCUGUUGCAGUACGUCCUGCGUCAUUCCAUGAGGGAGCAUCCCGCCUUGGCCAACCUCAGAGAGAGGACGCUGGAGCACAACAGCGGCAGUAUGAUGGUGGCCUGUGAGCAGUCGCAGUUUAUGGCCAAUUUGGUCAAACUGAUCAAGUCCAAGAAGGCCAUAGAGAUCGGAGUGUACACGGGUUACAACACGCUGAGCGUGGCGUUGGCCCUGCCCGAUGACGGCAUCGUGGUCGCGUGCGACAUCGAUGAAAAAUACGUCAACAUUGGCAAACCCUUCUGGAAAGAGGCGGGGGUGGAGAAAAAGAUUGAUCUUCGCAUUCAGCCGGCGUUGACCACAUUGGAUGAACUUCUGGCUGCUGGCGAGGGCGAAACAUUUGACUUUGUCUUCAUCGAUGCCGACAAAGUAAACUAUGACCCAUACUAUGAAAAGUCCCUGCAGCUCAUUAAGAAAGGAGGCAUCAUCGCUAUCGACAAUGUGCUUUGGGGGGGCAAGGUGCUGCAGCCGGCCGCCGACGACUUGGACACGGUGGCCAUCGACAAGCUGAACAAGAAGCUGCACCGAGACGCUCGAGUCAGCCUGAGCAUGCUGACUGUAGGAGACGGCCUCACUCUGGCUGUCAAACUGUAGUCCAAUCACUGCAAGAGCAUUAAUCGUGAACAGGAAGCACAACGUCCACACCACUGAGGCGCUAAUCCAAGGGAUGAAUUACUGUGAUAGUGUUUUUUUAACCCCAUUUUGCUUCACUUCAUAUUUCCUCAAAUAGUGUCUGUUUGUCUCAACUGCAGCGAGUGCCAGGCACGUAUGGGUAAAGCGCUCACUCCACAUAGUCAGGUUACUUCAUUUCUGAGAAAUUAAUUUUGAGAUAUGGUACAUGAUUUUUGUUGGCAAUAUGAAUGUUUAUAAAAUCCAAUUUAUUAAAUCUAAUAUUUAAUCAAAAUACAGUAUAUUGCAAAGUGUUUUACUUUCCAGCCCAAAUAAUUAAAAUAUACAUUACAACAUAAUCAGUGUUACACAAUGCAUACUGUAUGAUUUGUUUUGUUCCAUCACCAUCACUUUAAGGUGUGGCAUCUAUUAAAGCAGAGGACACUAUUUGAGGAAAUACAAUAUUAGUUUGCAAGCUUUUUUAAUUGUGAUAGUUUUUUAGCGGACAGCUUUUUUUUCCUAUUUAGAAUGCAAUAAAACAUUUGAUUGAAAUUAAUGAACUUAAGUGCAGAGAGAUUUAUCAGGGUGUUGUGUUUAUUAGGGAUAAAGCAUGCAUGUCAUAUCAUCACUGAACUGAUAAGCACAUACAAUGGUGUGGAAGUGCUUUCCCCCCUGCCUGAUUUUUUUGCAUGUUUGUCAUACAUGAAUGUUUCAGAUCAAAUUUAAAUAUUAGUCAAUUGCAACACAACUGAACACAAAAUGCUUUUUUUGAAUGAAACAUUGUCUGAUGAGAGAAAAAAAAAAUCCAAACCUACAUGGCCCUAUUUGUAAAAAGUGAUUGCCCCCUAAACCUAAUAAGUGGUUGGGCCACCCUUAGCAGCAACAACUGCAAUCAAGCGUUUGUGAUAACUUGCAAUGAGUCUCUUACAGCGCUGGGGAGGAAUUUUGGCCCACUCAUCUUUGCAGAAUUGUUGUAAUUCAGCCACAUUGGACAGUUUUCCAGCAUGAACCGCCUUUUUAAGGUCAUGUCACAGAAUCUCAAUAGGAUUCAGGUCAGGACUUUGACUAGGACACUCCAAAGUCUUCAUUUUGUUUUUCUUCAUCCAUUCAGAGGUGGACUUGCUGGUGUGUUUUGGAUCAUUGUCCUGCUGCAGAACCCAAGUUGGUUUCAGCUUGAGGUCACGAACAGACAGCCGGACAUUCUCCUUCAGGAUUUUUUGGUAGACAGCAGAAUUCAUGGUUCCAUUUAUAACUGGAAGUCUUGCAGGUCCUGAAGCAGCAAAACAGCCCCAGACCACCAUCAUAUUUUACUGUUGUUAUUUUUCUGAAAUGUGGCAUUACUUUUAUGCCAGAUGGAAUGGGACACACCUUCCAAAAAGUUCAACUUUUGUCUCGUCAGACCACAGAACAUUUUUCCAAAGGUCUUGGGGAUCAUCAAGAAAUUUUCUGACAAAAUUGAGAUGGGCUUUGAUGUUCUUUUUGUUCAGCAGUGGUGUUAGUCUUGGAACUUUUUUGCCCAGUGUCUUUCUUAUGGUGGAUUCAUGAACACUGACCUUAACUGAGGCAAGCGAGGCUUUGGAUUUUGUUGUGGGGUCUUUUGUGACUUCUUGGAUGAGUUGUUGCUGUGCUAUUGGGAUAAUUUUGGUUGGCCGGCCACUCCUGGGAAGGUUCACCACUGUUCCAUGUUUUUGCCAUUUGUGGAUAAUGGCUCUUGCUGUGGUUCGCUGGAGUCCCAAAGCUUUAGAAAUGCCUUUAUAACCUUUUCCAAACUGAUAGAUCUCAAUUAAUGUAAGCUAUUUUUUUAGUGCACAUAUUUUUUUCUACUGCAAUAAAUCAUUUGAUUAAAAUAAAUGAGCUACACUAAACUGCAGAGUGCGCCAGGUAUUUAGUGAUAAAGCAUGCAUGGCUUAUAUAUAUAUA